CAAGACCCUACAGAGCCACAGAGAGCAGGUGCCUGCUAGCCUGGUAAGGCCGUCCGGCACUAGCUCUAGGGCCUUACCAGUCAACAAAGCUCGACCCACCGACUCGACCUUUAGUUCUUUAUUAAAUGGUACAUAUGUUGGUUCGACAUGCAUUCUAUACACUAUUAAACUACUCUUAGGCGUUCCCUUUGCGAGAUCAAGUGACCGCUGAACAUAAGUGCAUAUCCAACGCUGGCACACUUAGGACUUAGUUCAACUACUUUGGGAAUAUGUAUUCCUUCGCUAUACGUCUUCGUUGCACGCUGCGGCGCUUGUCAAGGCAGCAGCUUCGUCAACGGUUGCAGCAGCAAAGCUUGUGCAAGCCCCUGGGCACAGUUGCAGCUUCGAGCUCAGCAGCGUUAUAGCUUCUUUCCCUAGUAACCAAAGACAUAUAUUAGUCGCCGAAGAAUCCGUGACCCAACUGUCGCAGUUGUUUGGGGACCUCAAUGACCACUUUGAUACCGAAAGGGCCAGGGCUUACAAGCCCCCAACCUGCCCGAAUCUCUGUGUCAGAUACAACGGCAAAAAAGGAUGGAAUGCGAAGGAGCGGGCAAUCCCAGAUGAUAGAGAACACCCAGUUUGGCGAAGGGUCGGAUGCCAACAAUGUCCACCUGCAAGAGCUCCAGACGCAGCUUCAGAACGUCAUCCGGCUUCUGCGCGUCAGCCAGGAGCGCACUGUGCGCAUUCAGAGGGAUGCCGAGGCCAAGGAUGAGACCAUCGCACAUUUGACUGAGCAGCUCAGGGUGGUCCUGUCCGCCUCGCGCAGCCGCCGCACCACUCGCAGCGCAGUGGGGGAGCCAGUGUCUUCUCCGCUGGAGCUCUCCCAUGAGGAGCUGCCGGCCCUCUGCCAGGCCCUGGACUCCCGCUUCCUGCGCGCCGGCACCUGCUCCUCCUCCUCGGCGGCUGUCGCGGCAGACGAGGAGCAGCAGCUCUCGGAGCGCAGCCGCCUGAAUGCGGUGGCAGAAGAGGAGGAGGCGGCAGCGGAGGCGGCCGGACAGCUGAUCAGCAGCGCUAGAAGGAGGUCCUCCGUUCGGCGCAUUCCGCUGCCGCCCGUUUGUGCCAACGGUAUGAUGGUGGGAGAUGUGAGCUCGCCUGCUAGGCGUAUUUCAGGUGCAGCAGCUGCGGGCUUUGACAGUCCACGGUCGCCCGCGGCGACUGGUACCAUGAUGGGGGCGCACGCGUACACCCCGUCGCUCGUCAUGAACCCCACCUUCUUCAAUGACGGCGCCUCUAUGAACAGUAGCGGCACGCUUGGCAGCGAGGGGCGCGCUGGCGUCAGCUUUGGAGGUGCUAGUGGCCUCACUCCACGCGAAGGGGCGAAUGGAACAGUUAUCCGCAACCUACUCUUCGAUGACGCGGGUAGUACCAAGGGCUCCUCCGUGUACAACGGCGAGACCGCCCGGACCCUGCCCGACAGUCGCCAGCUGCAGCAGCAGCUGGAGCAGCUGCGGACCGAGCUGUCCGCCGCGGUGCAGUCCGCCUCGCUGGCCGCCGCCAAGGAGGCGGAGCUGGCGCUGGACCUGCAGGUGCUGCGGGCCGGCAAGCUGGCGGCGCAGGCGCACCAGGAGCAGGCGGCGGCGGCGCACGAGCAGGCGGCGGCGCGUGUGCGGGAGCUGGAGGCGGCCAACCAGCAGCUGGCGGCGCAGGUGCGGGAGCUCGCCAACCAGCAGGCGACGGCGCGGGGCUGCAGCGAAAUCGAGGCCGGUGCUGCAAGCCCUGCCGCUAGGCGUCCCAGCUCCAGGACUAGCGCAACAACGCCACGCAAGGUUACGGCUGCUGACGCCUCCUCGCCUCUACCGCUGCCGGACUUCGUGUCCGCAGCGCUGGAGCGCUACGUGGGGGCGCUCCGCAGCUCGGAGGGCUGCAGCCUGCAGGAGCGCCUGACUGCUUCCGCGGUGGAGCUGGACUGCCUGCGCAAGCUGCUGCAGGACACCGCUGCGGAGGCCGCCGCCACCACCCAGCAGGCGGCGGUGAGCGAGGCGGCGCGGGCGCGGCUGGAGGCCAGUCUGGCGGAGCAGCGUGCGGCGCUGGAGCGCGCGUCGGAGCGCGCUGCGGGUGCUGCGGUGGCGGCUGCGGCUGCCGAGGCGGCCCGGGCGGAGCUGGCGGCGGAGCUGCGGCUGCUGGCGGAGCAGCGGGCAAGCCUGGAGGACCAGCUGGGGCCGCAUCACCAGCAGCUGCUGCAGAACGUACGGCGCGCGUCGGAGGCGCGGCAGCAGGCGCAUGCGGAGCUGGAUGAGGCGCGAGCGACACAGGACCAGCUGGCUCGGCAGCUGCAUGAGCUGCUGGUGCAGGGGGCGCAGCAGGCGCCGGAGGUGCAGGGCGAGCUGGAUGGCUGGAGGGAGCGCGUGGGAAACCUCGAGUGGCACCUGGAGCAAAUCGAGGAGUGGCAUGCGGACGCGGAGCGGGAGCUCGUCGAGGCAACACGCGCAAACGAGCAACUGGAGGCGGAGCUCGCGCGCACCUCCGCUGCUGAGGAGGAGCUGCAGCGCAGGCUUCAGGUCGCGGAGGAGGAGGCGCAAGAGCUGGUGCGGCAGGCGCAGGAGCAGGAGGUGCGGCUGGUGGACGCGGAGCGCAGCCUGGGCGCUGCUCAAGCAGGCUACAUAACGCUGAUGAACCCUCUUCCUCAGGACCAGGUUCGCCAUGCGUACUCCGGUCCACAUGCGAGCUCGCCGGCCGGUGUCCCAGGUCGCCCGACCGACUUGGCCUCCAUGCAGCAGCAGCUGUCAGGCGUGCUGGCCGCCAAGGCGACAGCAGAUCGGGAGCUGGCGGUCGCCCGGGAGGAGCGCGCGGCGCUGUCUCUGCAGCACGCCGAGCUGAAGGGCGCCAAGGCGGCGGUGGAGGACCAGCUCGCAGCUGCCAGCGCCUCCGCGGCGGCCCUCUCGGAGCAGCUGCAGCACCUGUCCGCCUGGCACCGCCAGCUGGAGUCGCGGCUGGCCGAGCUGUCCGCUGCACACGAGGAGCUGCAGCGGCGGCACGAGGAGCUGCAGCGGCGGCACGAGGAGCUGCUGGCGGCCAAGGAGCGCGCGGACAGGCAGCUGGCGGAGGCGGUGGGCGCGGUGGCGGAGCAGCGCAGCAGCCUGGAGCAGCAGGCGGCGGAGCUGGCGGGUAUCGUGCGUGAGCAUGGCGACAUUGCAAAGGCCAAGGACGAGAUUGAGGCCCAGCUGUACGCUGCCUCGGGAGAGCUGUCGGCUCUGUCUGCGCGGCUGGCGGCUGCCACGGAGGAGGUGGGCUUGCUGGCUGCAGCCAAAGCGGAGGUGGACCACCAGCUGGCCGACAUGGAGGUGGAGAAGAUGGGCGUGGAGCACCAGCUGGCAGAAGCACUGGAGGCGAAGAUGGAGCUGGAGCGGCAGCUGGCGGAGGCGGUGACGGAGAAGUCGCGGCUGGAGCUGCAGCUGGCCGGCGCGUUUGGCAGCAAGUCGGGCUUGGAGAAGCAGCUGGCGGAGGCGUUGGAAGCGAAGAUUGGUUUUGAGCGGCAACUGGCAGAAGCCCUGGAGUCCAGGGCUGGACUUGAGCAGCAGCUGUCGGGCAUGCUGGAAGCCAGGCUGGGCCUGGAGCAGCUGCUCACGGAAGCGUUGGACGGGAAAUCUGCAGUUGAGCAGCAGCUGGCAGAAGUGCUGGAGUCUAAGCCGGGUCUAGAGAAGCAGCUAGAGGAGAGCUCUGCUGCGAAGGCGCUAGCAGACGAGCAGCUGGAUGCCCUGCAUGCCGCCGAGGCCGCCCUGCAGCAACAGCUGGUGCAGCUGCAGGCGGCUGCCGAGCAGGAGCGCCUCGCCUCCGCCGACACCGUUGCAGCCAUCGAGGCGAGGCUGGCUGCGGCGGUGGCGGAGAAGGGCGAGCUGGAGGCCCAGCUGGCGACGGCGGCGGCCGCUCAAGCGGAGGCUCACAGCCAGCUGGAAAGUCUGGCAGCGCAGAAGGCCGGACUACAAGAGCAGCUGGACGCGACUCAGGAGGUGCGGGCACAGCUGGAAGGGCAGUUGGGAGCUGCCAGGGAGCAGCACAGCAGCGAGGUUAGCGCUCUGACAGAGCGGCUGGCGGCGGCGGCUGGCCUGCAGUCCCAGCUGGAGGCCGAGCUAGCGGAGUUCCGCAGCGCCGCCGCCGAGUUGGGGGCGCGGCUGGCCGCUGCGGAGGCCGCCGGGGCCGCCCUGGAGGUGCAGCUCAGGGAGGCCGAGGCGGCGCGGGAGGGCGUGGAGGCGGAGCUGGCCAGGGCGCGGGCCGCAGCGGCGGCACUGGAAUCCCACAGCACAGUUACCGAGGAGGAAGCUGAGACCAGUCGCCAGCGGCUCAUGCAGGCGGAGGCGGCGCGGGCGCAGCUGGAGGAGCAGCUGCAGGCGGCGGAGAUGAGCCGCGCCGCGCUGCAGGAGCAGCUGCGCCAGGUCGGCACUGCGCGUGAUGCGUUGGAGGAGGAAUUGCACAAGGCGAAUGGGGCUUGUACCUUCCUUGAGUCGGAGCUGAAGGAGGCCCAGGAGGCGCGAGCGGCGGCGGCCGCGGAGCUUGAGGCCUUACAGGCUGGCACUGCUGAACUAGAGCAGGAGCUGGACAGGGCCAGAAGUGACUGCGGAGAGCUUGCAACGCGCCUGGAGGAGGCGAUUGAAGCCCGGGCUGCGCAGGAGCGACAGCUGCAUGAGGCAUGGGAACGGGAGGGAGAGGUGCUGCGGGUGCUAGGAGCCAAGGUGGAAGAGGUGAAGGUCCUGGAGCGUGAGCUAGGUGCCAGGGGCGGUAGCCUCUCCGAGCUGGAGGGCGAGUUGGAGGCCCUCAGUGCCUCGCGGCAGGUUCUGGAGCAGCAGGCCUGCGAGGAGGCCGAGCUGCGGGCGGCACUGGAGGCUCAGCUAGCGGCCGCGCGGUCGCAGGUGCAGGCGCUGAUCGUGUGCAGUGUGGAGCUGGGUCGGGAGGGCCGGCAGCGGGAGGCGGCGCUGCGGUCCGCGCAGGAAGCAGCGGCAGCAGCUGGCGGGGAGGCUGCGCGGCUGCAGGCCGAGCUGGCGGAGGCGGUGGAGCGGCAGCGGGUGCUGCAGGCCUUCGCGGAGCAGUGCAGCGCGGAUGCGGCGGCCAUGGCGGAGCAGCUGGCUGGCGCUAGGGAUGGGCUGGUGGGUAAGGAAGCGGCGGCCGCGGCGCGGGAGGCGGCGUUGAGGCAGGAGGUGGAGGAGAAUGCUGCGGAGGUGGCUGCUGGUCGUGGCCGUGUGUCGGAGCUGGAGUCCCGGCUGCAUGCGGCUGAGGGCGAGUGUGCGGCGGCGCAGGAGCAGCUGGAGGCGCUCAACCAGCAGCUGGCGGCGGUGGCUAGCGUACUUGAGGAGUACGGCAUGCCGCUGUCCGAAGGGUUCGGCGAUAGGGAAUCAGCCCGACCGCUAGCGGAGCUGGAUGAGACAGAUCCUUCCAGCGGCUUACCCGCUUUUGGACAGCCCCCGCGUGCCGGCAUCGCGGGUGCGGUUGCUGGCAUGCGCGACACUCUGAUCCAGCGGUCCGUGGCGGCGGAGCAGGCAGCUGCGGCCAGCGAGCUGGAGCUGGAGGCUGUGCGGCAGCGCCUGCAGGUGCGCAUCGACGACGCGGAGGCUCGGGCCAAGAAGUUCCAGAACCAGUUCGAGGAUUACAAGCUCAUCGUCCACAAGCGCUGCCAGGCGGCGGAAGCAGAGAGGGACACCGCCCUCACAGCCGCACAACGCGCGGAGGCUGAGCGCGCCGUCGCAGCGGCCGUCGCACAGCGUGCAGAAGCAGAACGCAACGCCGCCGUUGCGGCCACCCAGCAUGCGGAGUCCGAGCGUGAUGCUGCCGUGGAGGCAUUGCAGCAUGCAGAAUGCGAGCGCGAUGCUGCCUUUGCAACCGCCCAGCAAGCUACGAAGGAGCGAGAUGCCGCCACUGCGGCUGCCCAACGCACCACGGCGGAGCUGGAUGCCUCGCGGCUGGCCCUGACUGCCGCCACCGCCGAAGCAGCCGCUCAACGCAGCCGUCUGGCUGCAGUGGAGGCGGAGCUGGGCCGUGUUGAGGCGCGCAUGUCGGAGCUGCAGGCGGCCAUUGGGGCCUCGGAGGCGCAGGCGGAGCAGCUGAGGGCCGAGUUGGCGGAGCGGGGGGCGCAGCUGCAGGCGGAGGAGGCGGCCAGGGAGGCGGCGGAGCAGCGGGUGCUCGCGGCCCGCCAGGAGACGCAAGCGCAGGCGGAGGUGGCGGCGGCGCGGGAGCGGCAGCUGGCAGAUGUACGGCAGGCGCUGGAGAAGGCUCGCGGAGAGCUGGCGGCGGCAGCCGCGCAGCUGGCAGCAGCCGCGGCGGAGGCGGAGGUUCUGCGGGCGGAGCGUGAUAAGUCGGUGAAAUCGCUAGCGCUGGCCACCAGCGCCCAGCGAGGGACGGAGCAGCGCCUGGCACAGGUGCAGUCAGCGCUGGAUGCUACGAGGGCCGAGCUCAUGCUGUUGUCGAGGCAGCUGGAGGCCGCACGGGAGAGUGUAACGACGGCGCGGCAGGAACGCGAUGCGGCGGCGGCUAGGGUGUUGGAGGUGGAGGCGGAGCUGAGGGACGCCGUCUGGCGGCUGCAGGCGGCGCAGGAAGAGGCGGCGGAGGCUGCUGCGGAGGCGGCCAGGGCGCAUGAGGCAGCGGAGGAGGCUGCACGGGAUCAGGCGCAGCUGGUGGCAAAGGGAGCUGAGAGCUAUCGAGCGGUUACGACUGAGCUCGAGGCAGCGCGGAGCGAGCUGUCGGAGGCUCGGACGCAGCGUGACACGGCGUUGCAGCAGCUGGAAGCCGUGCGGGAGGUGCUGGCUGUGGGCGAGGAGAUGGAGGGAGACGGGGAGGAAGAGGAGGAGGAGGGCGGCCACCCCGGUCACCAGCGCGCCAGCAACGGCAGCAUCAGCAACGGCAGUAGCGGUAACGGUAACAGUAUCAUCUCCGCUUCCGCGCUCGCUGCGGCUCGCAGGCGGCGGCCCACAGCUGCUGCUGCGCUGGUGGCGGCGGCGGCGCGAAUCGCGGCUCGGGUGGCGUCCAUGAGCCAGUCCGGGGCCAGGGUGCGGGUGCGGCGCUCCAUCAGUGGAUCGCAUGGUCGGUCUCCGGGGCGGAGGAGCUCCUCUACCGGCCAAUCCGUGACGGCACCCGGCGCCGCUGAGGGUGCGGCAGCAGCAGCUCCGGAAGGCGCUGUGGAGCCCCGCAGCAGGAGCUACAGUGCCCUGGACGAUCCGCAGCUGAACCUGCCGCAGCUGCUCAUCCCUUGGAAGUCGCAACACAGCCAGCCGAACACCUCCGGGCGACCCACUGGAGCGGCUGGUGCAGUAGCUGUGGAUGGGAACCUGGCUGACGCAGGAGAAGCUUCUGCGGCUGCGGGAGGCUCCACUGCUGCCGCUUUGCUGCCCGCCGCGCAUGCUGACAACGGAACAGGCGCUAAUGGGGAGCACCAGGUUGGCGCCAGUGCCGCAGUGGGUUCGAGUAUGGGUGGGUUCGCGCAUGUAGCAGCACAUGGAAGCGGGGGUGCACCUGAGCCGGCAACACCUGCGGCCCCAGGAACCCCAACAGCCGGCGCUACCGGUGCCGCUCCUGCCGCGCCAGCAGCAGCCUCCACGGCGGGCCCGAGCGGCAGCCCCCGCAGUGCGCUGCAGCAGCGGUUGAGCGACGAGGCUGCACUGCUGCGGUGGGAGGUGGUGGCGGACAGCAGCCGCGUGAGGGAGCUGCAGGACAGGCGGGCGGCGGGAGUGCUGCUGAGCCACACAGAAGCCACCGAGAUCGACUCCCUGGCGGAGCGGCUGGCCUCCCACCGAGUGCGCAUCUCCAACAUCAUGAGCACCGUCAAGGCCGCGCAGCAGCAACACCAGCACAACCACAACCACCACCAGCAGCAGCAAGGGGGUCAUCAGGGCCAGCCGGGCAGCAAGCACGGUGCUGGCGGGCACUCCGGUGCGGCGGCUCCUGACACCGAGCCCAGCUUCGGCCCCAUUCCACCUGCGGACGCUCCCGUCCACUCCCAUUUCCAACUGCACCUGCAUUCACCCGCCCAUCCGCAGUACCACAGCAGGUCGCAGGCAUCCACACACCACCUGCUCAUGCACAACAGCGCUCCUGCUACUGCUGCUGCUUGGCCUACCACGCUGGUCGCCGCACCCAAGGCCCCGGCAGCUGCCACUACUGGGCCCACCGCGUCCCCGCGCAAACAAGACCUCGCAUCUAUACCCGCAGCAGCGGCGGUAGCAGUAUCAUCGACCAUGCCUACUGUAUGGGGCCAGGAGGCGGCGGCUGCUGCGCUGCGCUCCCCUGGCAGGUCCCCCAACAUCCCCGAGGGCAGCGUCAGCCCCCGCGCCACCUCCCCCUCGGCUCUGUCCCGGAGCGCAAGCGCCGGAGCCAGUCUGGGCGCCAGUCCUUGGUACCCCCCCGGCUCCUCCCCCGCGCGUCCACCCGCGUCCUCCUCGUCUUCCGCUCGGCCGCACAGCCCCGGCCGUAACGACGUCCGGCUGGCCUCUCCCUCCCCACGGGGCGGCAGCAUCCAUGCGCGAGUGGCGGACGCCUCCCCAGGCCGAGCGACGACGGUGCCGGGGGUAACGAGGGGGCCAACAGGUGAUGGAAGCAGCAGCAGCAGCGCAGCCUCUCCCCGACCCGUUCAGACUGCACGUGGGGACUACGCGGGCUCGAGUGGUGGGGUGGCUACUGGUGUUGCGGGUGCCUUGCAAUGGCAGCAGCAGCCGCAGCAACAGCAGCAACAGCAACCUCCGCCACCAUCUCCGCGACCGCCGACUUCCACUCGCUACCGUACUCCGUACCUGACAAUGCUCACCACAAUGGCACAGAACAACCAGCAGGCAGCGGGGGUCGCCGGAGCUAGUAACGGCCCCGCGCCCAUGCCCACGCGCAGGGGCGGUGGCGGUGGCGGCGCCGCUAACAGCGCUGGUAACGGGAAUUCCGCUGCGGUGGCUGCCCUGGUAUCCCCGCCGCGUCACCCGUACCAUGCGCAGUACCAGGUUCAACCGCUGCAGUACACGCCCGGCGGCAAGGAGGCUGCAGCCGACAAGGCGGGGACCCUGAGGCCUGCGGCGUCACUGGCUUUUCUCGGGUUCGCGGCGUCGGUUGGGGGCAUGGGAGGGAACGGCGGCAGCGGCGCUGGUGAAGGAGCGUAGGGAGGGCACGUGUGCAUGCCUUCGGGUGCUGGUCGGGGUUACAACGUUGAUGGUUGAGUGGUUGUAGGGCACACGGACCCUGUACCUUCUUGAGUUCUGACCCCCAUAUGAGGUUAACUUGUUAGGAAUUGAAGGAUGUCGGCAUGCGCCGCGAGCGUUACACCUGUGCCAUCAUAGGAACAUAUCCUCCGUGAUACUUACACAGUACAAAAUUUUCACAGUGCCAAGCGCCGAUUCAUCAUUUGUGUACGAUACUACGGACUGUUCAUCAGAAGCCGCUGGCGCUGCGCGCGAUCCAGGCGUUUCUAGGGUUGAUGUUGGAAGCAUCGUUGCCAGAUAGGGCCAGAGGUUGUUUUGUGGAUACGUGUACGAGUUGUGAGAUGGCUUGCGAUGACCGCCAUGCGUGCGGGCAUUGAAACCCGCAGUCGGGUUCAGUUGUUGGCGCUCCGGGGACGGGGCGUGUGUCCCAAUGCUGGCUUCAUGGACGCACUAGCCGCCAGCGUUGUACCGGUAUAUACACGGCAGUGCCGUGCUCGCCCAAAGGUGAACGUUUGGGCCGUCAACGCGUUCCUUGUUCUUUUUCUGUGGUAUGUUGAUCUGUAACCACUUGCUAUGGUGGUAUGAGAAAUGUAGUUGCAGCCGAACUGUGCACACCAGCCAAGACGUUUCAGCGGGCAUGCUUCAGUUGGAGAUUGUACGGCAUAGCCAGGCAUAGCUCGACAUUGUAACUGAAAUGAAAGCUAC